AUGAAUGAGCCCUUCGACUACUUGCUGAAAGUUCUGCUGGUGGGCGAUUCCAAUGUGGGCAAGUCCUCCUUGCUUCUGCGUUUCACCGCCGACACAUUCGAGGACAGCGUUGCACCCACGAUCGGUGUCGACUUUCGGCUGAAGUUCUUGACCGUGAAUGCGAAGCGCUUGAAGUUGACCAUCUGGGAUACAGCUGGACAAGAGCGCUUCCGCACACUCACAAGCAGUUACUACAGGGGUGCACAGGGCAUUGUCUUUGCCUAUGAUGUCACGAGGAGGGAAACGUUCGAGAGCAUAGAGGACAUCUGGAUGCGGGAGGUGGACAUGUACUCAACCGUGGACAACGCGGUCAAGAUGAUAGUCGCCAAUAAAGUGGACAAGGAAGCAGAGAGAGAGGUGAGCAGAGCGGAGGGUGCGGCGUUCGCGCGGAAGCACGGCUGCCUGUUUGUGGAGACGAGCGCCAAGGCGAAUAUGGCAGUGGGGCAGGCCUUUGAGGAGCUGGUGAUGAAGAUCCUGGACACACCCAGCCUGCUCACUGCAUCCAACAGCUCCCGCCUCAAUGUGGGGGGCUCCAACAGCCGCACAACGUCCUCCUGCUGCUGA